CGCGCGCGGGCUCUGCCUUCGACUCUCCAAAGUGCCGAACUGGUUGGGAGCAGGGGCUCCAUUUUAAGGACUUGGGACUGGGAGUCGGUGUGUACUCUUUAAGGACACUUCUUUCUCCGAGACGACUCCGGACGAGGAAACCACUUCCAUUUCCAGUAUACCGGAUUUGGGGAGCAACGCUUCCCUUUGGAGGGGAGGGCGCUCAGGACGCCCUCUUAAGGCUGACCCCCAACCCCCUAUGGCGCUCCCCGGCUCCCCACAGGACCAGGCCUGGAGCCUGGAGCCCCGGGGCCUCGCGGCCCCCCCCUCCUCCUCGUUCUCGGGGCCCCAGGAGCCGGAGGGCGCUGGGAAGCCGGUGGUGCCUGCCGGGCUCCCCUCGGAGAAAGUGAAGCGGCCCAUGAACGCCUUCAUGGUGUGGAGCUCCGCCCAGCGCCGCCAGAUGGCGCAGCAGCACCCGAAGAUGCACAACUCGGAGAUCUCCAAGCGCCUGGGCGCGCAGUGGAAGCUGCUGGGCGAGGAAGAGAAGCGGCCCUUCGUGGAGGAGGCCAAGCGGCUCCGGGCCCGGCACCUGCGCGACUAUCCCGACUACAAGUACCGGCCCCGGCGCAAGGCCAAGGGCCCCGGCGCCGGGCCCUCCCACUUCAGCCAGGGGGGCGGCGGGGCCGUCUGGGGGCCGGGCUUCGUGACCACCCAAAGCAGAGGCUUUGGGUACCAGCCCCCCAAUUAUUCGACAGCCUACCUGCCCGGCGGCUACGGCUCUUCCCACCGUAAACCAGAGGCCCCCUCAUCGUGCCCCUUCACUCAGAGUGGCCCUAAGCUCCAGGGCGAGCUGCUCUCCCCCUAUACCCCUUACGUCCCCCCAGGCUCGCCCACUGCGUACAACCCUCCCCUCUCAGGUGCCCCAUUGCCACUGACCCACCUCUAACCUUUGGGGCCAUGUACCUCCCAGGAAGGGCCCUGCCCUCCGUUCUCACCCUUUCCCUCCUGUGUUGGCUCACACGGUUCUGAGGGAGGCUGUGUCCUGCUGCGAGAGCCGGCGAUGCAACACAAUACUUUCACUUUUUGUAAGAACAGUUUUAUAUGAUUGAA